ACACCGAGCAGCAGUAGCAGUACAACACCGAGUAGAGCAAGAAGAAAUCAAAGCACAGCAAAAUGGGUAAUGUUAUGGCAGCAUCGUCAACGCCGAGCAGCGCUGCGGCAUCUCUGGACAAGGCGGCUAAAUCGGGAGUACCAGCACCACCACCAGCUCCAGCUGGCCUUGCAGCUGUGGAGAGCACACCGGUAGCCGAUGUUAAAUUGGAAAAUCCCGGCACCGUUGAAGAAUUGCAUAAAAAAUGUAAAGAUAUCCAGGCAAUGACCUUUGAGGGGGCAAAGGUAAUGCUGAACAAGGGCCUUAGCAACCACUUCCAAGUGUCGCACACACUCAACUUGUGCAGCACACAGCCCAGUGGUUAUAGAUUCGGGGCUACAUAUGUGGGUACCAAACAAUACAGUCCAUCGGAGGCUUUCCCCGUGCUGUUGGGUGACAUCGAUCCAUCGGGUAAUUUGAAUGCCAAUGUUAUUCAUCAAUUCUCACCCCGUAUCCGUUGUAAAUUUGCCUCGCAGAUUCAAGAAUCGAAAAUUACCGCUGCCCAACUAACAACAGAUUAUCGUGGUGAUGAUUUUACUGCCUCUCUGACUGUGGGUAAUCCAAAUAUUUUCAACAAUUCCGGUGUAUUUGUUGGCCACUAUUUGCAAUCGGUUACCAAGAGCAUUGCUUUAGGUGCUGAAUUAGCCUAUCAGUAUGGCCCUAAUGUUCCCGGUGGACAAAUUGCUGUACUCUCCGCGGUCGGCCGUUAUACCAGUGGUGAUGCGACAUGGUCAGGUACCUUGGGUCCCGGUGGUGUACACAUUUGCUACUACCAAAAAGCCAGUGAACAAUUACAAAUCGGUGUCGAGGUUGAGACCAGUCUAAGAAUGCAAGAGUCUGUUGCUACCUUAGGUUAUCAAGUGGAUUUGCCAAAGGCUGAUCUCGUUUUUAGAGGUUCCUUUGACUCCAAUUGGAAUGUGUGCGGUGUAUUAGAGAAACGUUUGCAGCCAUUGCCAUUUUCAUUUGCAUUAAGUGGACGUUUGAAUCAUACCAAAAAUCAAUUUAGAUUAGGAUGUGGACUUAUUAUUGGUUAACCGUAAAACCUGAAAUAUAUAUACAGAGCAAUAAGGAUUAUGGUUAAGUCUUUAAUAAAACUACAAAAAUGAAAACAAACAAAAACAAAA